AUGGCUGCUUCUUCGACGCAUCUAGACGCUGCUGCGCCACUGGUGACUGUGGUGCCUUCCUCAUCUGCAAUGGCCUCGGUGGUGCGUGAGAGACUUGAACCAGAUGUGUCCGGUGGGUUUGCAAUUCUCAACCAUUACUCUCAUGGAAGUUUCUCCAAUCUCCUCCGCCACGUCGUCGCUUCUCCUUCUGUUCUUCUCACCGCCUGCCAAAACCUUUCCAACUCUCCCCAUUCAGCUACAGCAUCGCUCCUUCACUCUGUUUCCAACCACUUCUCUGUUGACCAAAUGGGUCUUGAAAUCUCCCAGAACAAGUUCGACAUUUCCUCUUGCUGUGUCAAAAUGGCCUCGCCCGGUGCUUCAGGUGAGCCUUUGAUUUUACCAAACUUGAAACUCAAAGUUUUGAUUGAAGCUAUUAGGAUGGUACUUGAAAUUGUUUAUGAUGAAAGGUUUGUGACGUUUUCUUAUGGCGGGCGCGUUGGAAUGGGCAGACAUACUGCCAUUAGGUACUUAAAGAACAGUGUAACCAACCCAAGCUGGUGGUUUAAUGUUUCUUUUUGUCCUAGCAAGUUUGAGGAGUUUAAUGUUGAUAAGUUGUGCUUGUUUCUUGGUGAGAAAAUUAAGGAUGCUAUGCUGAUUGAUGUGAUAAAGAAGUUGUUUGAAUGUCAAGUGGUUAGGAUUGAAUUGGGUGGGUGUUAUUUAGGGAGAGGUUUUCCUCAAGAAAGUGGAUUGUGUUCUAUUUUGAUUAAUGUUUAUUUUGAUGGGUUUGAUAGAGAAGUUCAAGAACUGAGGCUUCAAAUGAAUAGGAAGAAUCCUAAAAUUGAGUUGAAUGAGCUUGGUUUGAAUAACUCAAAUGUUUUCUAUAAGCCGGUGAAAAUGUAUGCAGUUAGGUACUUGGAUGAGAUAUUGGUAAUCACGUCUGGCUCAAAAAUGUUAAUAAAGGAGUUAAGGGACCAAGUUUUGGAUUUUUUGGAAGGGAAUUUGGGGUUGAAGGUGGAUAGAGUGAAAACGGCUAUACAUAGUGCAGUGUCAGAGAAGAUUUUUUUUUUGGGGAUAGAAUUGCAGGCUGUUCCUCCUUCUGUUUUGCAUCCCCCUACGUCAGAGAAGGCAAUUAGGGCCAGGAAGAAGUAUCUUAGACAGAAGGAAGUUAGAGCUUUAGAAUUGAGGAAAGCUCGGGAGAGAAAUAGGAGAAAAUUGGGUUUGAAGAUAUGGAGUCAUGUCUUUAAGAAGUUGAAGCAGAGUAACAAUGGGUUUAAAUUUGAAUUUCAAAUUGAGAAUGAAGUCAGAGAAAUCUUUAGGACUUGGGGGGAUGAAGUAGUCCAAGAGUUCUUUGGGUCACUGGAAGAACGAUGGAACUGGCAUCGGCUGCUCUCUAGAGGUGAUUUUUUAUCUUUAAGACAUAUUAGAGAUCAGUUGCCGCAAGAUCUUGUUGAUGCUUAUGACAAAUUCCAAGAACAAGUCGACAUGCAUUUGACACCUUUCAAAGCUAGAAAGGCAUUGGAAGAAGAAGAAAGGAGAGUAAUAGAAGAAGAGGAACAGAAAUAUGCUGAGCACACGGUGGAGGAUCUGACCAAGCUGUGUAUGAAAGUUUCUGCGCCUAUAGAACUUGUAAGGAAGGCUGUUAGAAUGGCAGGCUUUACGAAUAACAUGGGUCGUCCCAGGCCAAUCAGCCUACUCUUUGCAUUGGAAGAUACUGACAUUAUUAAGUGGUAUGCUGGUAUUGGGAGAAGAUGGCUUGAUUUCUUCUGCUGUUGUCACAACUUCAAAAUGGUGAAAACAGUCGUUUCUUAUCACUUAAGAUUCUCUUGUAUUUUAACAUUGGCACAUAAGCAUGAAUCCACCAAAUGUGAAGCAAUUAAACAUUACAGUAAAGAUUUGAAAGUGUCUGAUAUGAAUGGAAAUGAAGAAGUUUACUUCCCAACAGAGAGGAAUGUUAAGAUGAUGGGUGAUAAAAAUCUUUCAGACCCAAAACCUGUGGAUGGGGCUCUAUCUUUGGCUUUGAUCAGAUUGGCUUCUGAUGAGCCAUCACAUUCUUGUGUUGCGCAUUUCUGUGACAGGAUUGAUACAAUCAUGUAUAGAGUUAGGUUACUGCAAAACAAUCUAAAUCUGAAUCCCCUGGAUGAAGCACAGUGGGUCAAGGGUAUGGGUGUUAUUCAUGAAAGUUUGAAUCAGAAAUGCGUGCCACUCUGUCCUGAUCACAUAAAAGAUUUAUACAUGGGUAAUAUCAACCUACAGGACAUUGACUGCACGUCAUUUGUGGAAGUUGACUAA